UUGGAACCUGAAAACUGUGAUCCAACGCAUGUAUCAAUUCAUCCGUUUGCACAUGGAAAUAUUGACCAGCUGCCAAGGUUUGAAAUUAAAAACCGCAAGCCUGAGCCCUUUCCUGUUGACUUCACUGUGUGCAUCUCUGCCAUGUUUGGAAACUACAACAAUGUCUUGCAGUUCAUACAGAGUCUGGAAAUGUACAAGAUUCUUGGAGCGCAGAAAGUGGUGAUCUAUAAGAACAACUGCAGCCAUCUGAUGGAGAAAGUCUUGAAGUUUUAUAUAGAAGAAGGAACUGUAGAGAUAAUUCCCUGGCCAAUAAACUCACACCUCAAGGUUUCCUCUAAAUGGCACUUUUCUAUGGAUGCAAAAGACAUUGGCUACUAUGGACAAAUCACAGCUCUAAAUGACUGUAUAUACCGUAACAUGCAAAGGAGCAAGUUUGUGGUUCUUAAUGAUGCUGAUGAAAUAAUUCUUCCUCUUAAGCAUCCAAACUGGAAAACAAUGAUGAGCAGCCUUCAGGAACAAAAUCCAGGGACUGGCAUUUUCCUCUUCGAGAACCAUAUCUUCCCAGAAACCAUCUCUACUCACAUGUUCAACAUCUCGUCCUGGAAUACUGUGCCAGGUGUUAACAUAUUACAGCAUGUUCACAGAGAGCCUGACAGGAAAGAUGUUUUCAAUCCCAGGAAGAUGAUAGUUGAUCCACAAAAGGUGAUUCAGACUUCUGUCCACUCUGUCCUACAUGCCUAUGGGGACAGUGUGAAUGUUCCCAUGGAUGUUGCCCUCAUUUAUCACUGUCGGAAGCCCCUUCAAAGAGACCUCCCCAGAGAAUCCCUUGUCAGGGAUACAGCCUUGUGGAGAUACAACUCAUCAUUAAUCAUGAAUGUUAACAAGGUGCUAUCUCAAACCAUAUUGAAAUUGGUGUGAUGUAGCUCUUAUCAAGGAUACAUCCCCUUGGAGAUACACAUCUUUGGGUUUGAAAGUGAACUGUGUUGGCUAUGCUACAAUUUGAAGUGUAAUAAUGAAAUGUAAAGGUGUUGCCAUAUGCAUUUAAUGCUACCUUCUCCCCAGCAAGAAAUGCAUUGUAUGUUUAAAUUCUCUAAUAUUCACAGGG